AUUGCCAAAAAACUGAAAAUUUUAAAAAUAUACACCUUUACGAUACCGAAAACGAGGCUAUUCCUAGCUAAAACGGAAGUGACGUCACAACACAUCAGUUUGCGCCAUUUUUAGAAAGUCUUCUAUUGACCUGUGCGUGUUUUCCGGCGAAUAAUGGCCAGCAAAAGUGUCGGACGCAUGUGUGUUGUAGCGGGAUGCAGCAAAAGACAGUCAGAUGGCGUGUCGGUUCAUGUUUUCCCCAAAGAUGAGCGACUGCGAGCGGCCUGGUGUCGUUUUGUGAAGCUGACGAGGGCAGACUGGUCUGGUCCUUCGAAAUACACCGUUAUCUGCAGUGACCAUUUCAACGAGGAUUGCUAUGAGGUACAUUUCUCGCUCAUGAAGGACUUUGGGAUCCCAGCGAAGAAGCGUCUACGCCAGGGGUCCAUACCAAGCAUAUAUCCGAAGCGGAAAAGAGACCAACUGAACGAUGCGUUCCUGGAGUCUCCCCAUGUAAACACCCCUACUCCAGUACGAGGAGCCCAUGCAAAGCGUGAGAGGAAUAGGGUAUUGGCAGAGCUGCUUCAUGACAACACAGAGGUUGAAGAAAUACAGGAAGAGUCGCAAGACCAGGAUGAAUGUGUUGGGAUCCAAACAACGCCUGUUCCCUUUCCCACACCUGUUUCGGAGGAGAAAAGUGUGUCUAUGGCAUGUCAGACAGAAUCAACACGAAAACGUAGUGUAAAGAUUCAAGUUGCUGCAAGGAAUAAGGAAAAAGGAUUACAAGUUGACCUACAACCCAGAGUUCGAAGCAUUGGUAUUCAGGUUGAUGUACGAGAUGAUUUGCCUGCUCCACGUCCACCUCCAGCACCUGUUCCUGUUCCUGAUUCCUCUAGUGGUGAAGAGUCUAUCCAGACGGAGAAUGAGACUGCCUCAUUAUAUGAACCUUCUGGCACUAGUUCAGAUGAUUCUCAUGUACAGGAUAUCAACACUGAAGCACCCUGCAACCCCUUGGAAGACAGGAAGUUUAUCAUCUCCGAAACCAAGCUGCUUGAGCUGUUCAGUAACUGCAGGAGGUGCCACAAGUAUACAGCAGCAAGUGUACAGCAGGUGCUUGGAACAAUGGUGAAGAUUGCUGUGGAGUGUGAGUUCUGUGGGUUUACCUGGCAGUGGAGCAGUCAGCCAUUCAUUGGGAAUAUUCCUGUUGGGAACAUUGGGUUAUCUGCCGCCAUACUGUUUUCUGGUGCCCUUGUGUCCAAAGUUCUUCGUGUGCUGAACUGCAUGGGGGUUGCAACCAUUACCAGAAGAACAUUCAAUUCCCUCCAGUCAGCCAUUUUGUUUCCUGUAAUUGCUCGUGUGUGGGACAAGCACCAGCAGGAGUAUGCAAGUCGAGCUUUGGAAAGAGGAGAUCCUCUGGUUAUUGGUGGAGAUGGGCGAGCUGACUCCCCUGGUCACUGUGCAAAGUUUGGCUCGUACAGCACCAUUGACCUUGAGGAAGGAAUUGUCAUUGAUAUCCAGCUGGUUCAGAGCAAUGAAGUAAAAAACAGCUUGGGAAUGGAGAAGAAGGGAUUAGAACGGACUAUUGCCUGGAUGAAAGACCAAGAUUUGGAGAUUGGUACGAUAGUGACUGACCGCCAUGUCCAGAUACAAAAGUGGAUCAGGGAGAACUUGACGGAGACGACACACUAUUAUGAUGUUUGGCAUGUGGCAAAAGGUCUAAAGAAAAAGAUCCUAGCUGCAUCCAAACAGAAGGAGUGUGAGAAUCUUGCCAAAUGGAUCAAGAGCUUGACCAACCACUUGUACUGGGUGGCAGCUUCAACACCUGAUGGGAAUGGGGACUUCAUGUGGGCAAAGUGGGAGUCUGUGGAAAACCAUAUCCACAAUAUUCAUGAGGGCCACAAUGACCUCUUCCCAUCUUGUGCCCAUGACACGUUAGAGGGUGAUGAGCAGAAAAAGAAGUGGAUAAAACCAGGUAAAACCUUAUUUUAGAAUUGAUA